UGAAAGAGAUCACCCUAAACCAAGAUGAGUAACUACACAGUAGAUGUGAGUAACCCUGAUGAUGAACACGGCCCAGCACCAGCACCGUUAGAUCUGGGACGUCUGGAGUCUGAAGCCAGAGCUGCAGCAGCUAAACAUGUUGCUAAUCUUCUCCAGAGACCAGAACAACUAGAGAAAUGUGAUCAGUAUAAGAGAAGAGUUGCUAGGAAGAAGGCGUCAGUGGAAGCCAUGUUGAAAACAGCUGUACAGUCUCAGUUAGAUGGUGUUAGAACAGGUUUGAACCAGUUACAAUCAGCUUUACAAGAUGUCUACGAAAUAAAAGAAAGUUUAGAACAAAUGGAGACUACCUAUAAAGGUGUACAACCAUUACACAAGAAACUAAAAGAUUUAAAAUCAGAGAAUAAUAAAUUCUGUCAGUUGGCGGCAGCACAAGAAAAUAUCAACCAUAUCUUUACGGUGCCAGAAAGUGUGAAAAGAACCCGAGAUUUAAUUAAUGAUGGAAAACUUCUCCAGGCACAUAAACAUUUAACAGAUCUAGAGAUGUCAAGAGAUGAUUUGUUGUUGGAGCUUCAUAAACAACCUCAGAAAAGUCCUACAGAUAAUAACACAUUAAAGAAUUAUUUCACUGAUGUCAAUAAGCUAUCCAACGAUUUAGGAAAACAAUUGUGGAUUAUUCUACAGCGUGUAUUGUUAUCAGUCAGACGUGAACCAACUUUAAUAGUUACUGCUCUUAGAAUUAUAGAAAGAGAAGAAAGACUUGAUCAGGCCUGGAUUAAAAAAGAGGCAUCAACAGGAUUCAGUCCACCAGGCAGACCUAAAAAAUGGCGGCUACAAGGUUUUAAAGUUCUGGAACAGGCCAUUGCUGCUAGAAUUGAAGGAUCCCAGCUAGAAGAUAGACAGACCAAUAAUAUGUGGCUAGUCCGCCAUCUUGAAUUAACACGUCAACUUAUGAUUGAUGAUCUGAAAGUUGUCAAGACUAUGUUACCUCCCCUGUUUCCACCCGAAUAUGAUAUCGUGAACCGUUAUCUUCGAAUGUACCAUACAGCACUGUCAGCUCACCUGAUAGAUUUAAUAAAUCAAGAACUAGAGGGAAAUGAAAUCGUGUCAUUGUUACAAUGGGUCAAUGCUUACGAUUCUCCUGAAUUGUUACGACACCCUGAAUUAAAUAUUGAUAUAAAAGAAAUGGAGUUGCCUCCCUUACUAGAAGCGAAGUAUAUCAAGUUGCUAGAGAAACAGUAUUUAGAAAAUAUGAAGAAAAAUGUAGGAGAAUGGACGAAUAAUAGUUUAAAAACAGACUUAAAGGACUGGUAUAAAGAUGGUCCACCAGAAACAGACAGUGAGGGACAUUACAACACCUCUCUUCCUUUUAUACUCUUUCAAAUGAUGGAACAAAACCUACAAGUAGCCCAGAUUAUCAAUCAAGAUCUAGUGAAGAAAGUUUUAGAGUUAUUUGUGGAUGAACUUAAUACAUUUGCCAAUGAUUAUCAAAAUGUUAUCACCAUCUAUCGAGAUAAACAUCAAGCUACGAGAGGAGAACCCAAAUAUUUCGUACAUUAUAUGAUAGCUAAUACUAAUAACUGCUGUGUGUUUGGAGAUUAUAUGAAGGAGUUAAGGAAACGAUAUUUAAAAAAUGAAUAUGAUGAAGAAGAGGCUGAGGAAGGAAGUGACAUCAGAAAAGACAGAUUUCAACAGCUCACUGAGACCUUUCUUACUCUCUCUAGAACUGGGGCUACUCUGAUUCUGGAAGAAUUUUUUCUUGAUUUAAGAAACAGUAACUGUUUUAAUGAACUUCUUACUAGAAAUUGGAUGAAUAAAACAGAUUCUAUUGAUACUGUAUGUGAAACUUGGGCAGAUUAUAACAGUGAUUUUCAACAUUUACGACCAGCUUCCUUCGAUAUCCUGGUAGAGAUAGGACAGACUAAAAUAUUGAAGGAAUAUAUUCGGGCUUUAUUAGGAAAAAAACUGUCGUUUAAAACAUAUGAUGAACGACGGAACUCAGCUGAUAAAAUAACACGAGAAGGAGAACAGUUAAAACAACUAUUUAUUAAGUGGGCACCUCGCUCAGAAACUAAGACCUGGGAUGUACUGUCUAGUAUAGCUGAGAUAUUAAAACUAAAAGAUACCUCCAUGUUGUCACUAGAGGUUAUGGGUUUAGUAAAGAGUCAUCCUGAUAUAAGAAGUGAUCAACUGAUUAAUAUUCUAUUGUUAAGAGGAGAUAUGAAGAAUGCUGAUGCUAAACAGAUGGCUGUGGAUACACUAAAUGAGGAGGACUCAAUUAAACCAGUUAAAAAUAAGGGGAUAUUCUGGGAUCUUUCUGGGCCGUAAACUCUAUAUCAACGUGCUGUGUUAUUAUCAUAAUUUUAUUAAUUUUGAUAUACAACAAUUGCAAUUGUUUAGCUGGGAAUUAUGGCUUAAUUAACACUUUGAAUACUAAGUGUCAUAGACGUAUUACUUGUGUGACGUCACCUGGCAACAGCCAUUUCACUGGCUGCUUGGACACAAGAUGGUGUAACUGUGUGCUAGCAGUAAGGAUUAGAUUAAAAUCAUAAGUAUACCAAUAUUAUCAUCAAUAAAUAUUGAUUUAUUUGUGUUGCCAGCGUGUCAUGCUCACUCUUUCAGAAUGGAUUGUCAGCUAGCAACCCCUCUCGAUCAGUUCACAUAGCUUAUAUUAUAUUGUUUAAUCGGAACAUUUAUUACAUCUGCUCAGCCAUCACGUCCACAAUAUGUGCGUGGUUAGGCGUAGGUCUUGUAAUAGUUGAUUCCUUAACAGUCCUACCAUGGGUUCUUGUACAUGGUUCCUGUGGUUUUUAAUCCAAGCGGUUGAGUUUUAGUACUUGAUUUUUCGCUUAAUGAGCGGCGAGGAGUGAAUUCCUUUUCUAGCCUAAUCCUCGUGUCCAAUCGUUUUUUAAGUUCGGUACUAUGCUUGGGUUUGCUAAGAAAAUCGAACACUGUCUCUUCGCGCAGGAUUCCCUUAGAAUCUAAAUAUAACUUUCUUGAAGCACUUUUUAAACGUGGGUUCGAAUCGAAAGGAUCGUCGAAACUUUCCUUGCUUCCAAUACGCAUUGACCUUCGUUG